AUGGACGGCUAUGAAAACUCUCAUGGUCGCGCCGGGAACUACCCGGACUCUUCUUCAUACCAAGAAGCCCAGCUUCCAGCAGACCCCGCCAUCGAUCCUCGUCUUUUCGACUCUAGCUAUCUUACACUAGAGCAUGGUUCUGAAGAUGCUGUCUUCGGGGAUCUUGGUCAAUAUGGCCCCCUUGACACGGCGUCUAUGUCAAUAGGCCAGCGGAGAUUACUUCAAGAACAGUUUGAUCUAAGCGGUUCCAAUGAUGAGUCCGACGAUGUUGAUGAUUACGAUGACGAUGAUGAACGGUUAUGGAACGAAGGAAAGGAAGCAUAUGACGAUUACUCUGCUAUUAGAGCAGAUCCGGAAGACCCGGAUUCUCAAGCUUCUACUGAGGCUGAGAGUGAAGAGGAUGAUGGCUAUGAUGCUAACGAUGCUUCGCCUCGUCCGCGGAAACGUCGUCGCAGAGGCCAUGGACCAUUUAGUGGUCGUUAUGGCGCACGGGGUGGAAAAGGCAUCAAACGAGGGCCAAGGCGGCCGCUUGAACCCAGUCCGGAGUUCAAAAUGCUUCAUUCUCAGGCCACUGAAGCAUUUAUUGAUGGGGACUAUGACCGCGCAAUCGAACUGGUGCAGCAAGCCAUCCUUGUCAAUCCUGAAAUGUUUGCAGCUCAUUCUCUGCUAUCUGAGAUCUUCCUCGCCCGAGGAGAGAAGGAUAAAGCAGUCACAGCUCUCUUCAGCGGCGCUCACACCCGCCCGCGUGACCCUACGGUGUGGUACAAAGUCGCAAGACUGAUCCAGGAUCGAGCUGGCGAGAACCGGCAAAAGACUUUGAACGAUAUGAUAUACUGCUACAGCCGUAUCAUUGAGAUUGAUGGGAAAAGCUAUAAUGCCCGAUUCCAGAGAGCUGCUGCAUACCGUGAAUUAGGAUAUAACGGCAGAGCAGCAGGCGAGUAUGAGCGCAUUCUCAAAGAACUUCCUCACAAUAUCCGAGCGCUGCGACAUUUAGCCGAAACAUACAUUGAUAUGCAAGACGUUCACAAAGCGCUCGAAUAUUACCUGGCCGGUAUUGAAUAUUAUAUGUCCCUUGACAACGAUGAAAAUAUGGAAUUUUCCUGGUCAGAUGUGAACAUUUGCGCCGAGUUGUAUGCGUAUGUCGGAGAUCCCAGGAAAGGAUUGCAACUUCUGUCAUCAGUCGCAAGGUGGCUCCUCGGCCGAAAGGAUGAUACGAUAUGGGAUGAUUAUAUUGAUGAUGAUCGAGAAUGGGACGCUGCUGACUCACCUCGCCGCAUCAAGACCGAUGGUUUUAUACCUGGUUCCUUUCCGAUAGACUCUUAUGGUUUGGGGCUUCCAAUGGAACUGCGCAUCAAAUUAGGCACAUUUCGUCUGAAACUGGGCGAUCGGUAUGUUGAGGAGGCAUUGGCCCAUUUUGAAUGGCUAAGUCCGGAAGAUGAUUCGGAGAAUUCCACUGUCUUCGACUACGCCGACCUUUAUAGGGAGGCUGCAGAUGCUUUGAAAGACGCAGGCUUAUUUAAGGAAGCACUUCGCUUUUAUCGACCGCUACAGCUCACUGAGGAUUAUGCCGACGUCAGUUUCUUCUUAGCUAUGGGUGAAUGUGCUUUUGCCUGUUCAGACCUCAGCCUGGCUGAAUCUUGCUAUCUCACAGUUGCGGAGAAUGACUCUGCAAACCUACAGUCUCGAGUCAAUCUAGCCAAACUCUACGAAACAAUGGGGGAAAGAGACCAGGCACUUUAUUACGUAAAUCAGGCGGUCUUGUUAGGACGAGAAGCCAGGGGUCGCAGUCGGAGGCGGCGUAAAGAUCGUCGGAUAGCGCAGCUCGCGAAAGAAUUCCAGGGCGAUACUCACAUCUCAACGCGUAUUGUGCCCAGGCAUUUAGCGAAUGAGGUAGCUCGGCGCGAAGCGCUGCAGGAUACCGAUGCGAACCGUCCCCAGCAGGUGAAAUAUUUGUAUUCGAAGAUGAACGAUCUACGACCGAACAUGCGGGCUGGCGAUUCUGAUGCGACAGAGGAUUGGCUUGACAUUGCGGAUGCACUGUUACAUGACUUUCGGACUAACCGCGUAUUUUAUCCUUUGCAGAAGAAUAGAAUAUUCCUUGGGUACUCGCGAGAAGAGCAGAAAGGGGGGAAGAAGAAAGGGACAGUCAUGGACGAGGUACAGGAAGUGGCUGACCGAUUGCAAGAAUGGAUUGGUCAAUAUAAUACUGAAGCGACUUCGACCAGUAUUCCGAACGAUUAUUACGGAAUAUCAUUUGACGAAUGGUUUGAAAUAUUUCUCGAGUACGCCUUUGUUGUUUCUGGUCAAGGUGACAAGGAUGAAGCAUAUGAUGUCCUAGCUGCCGCUACAGACGCUAGUGUUUGGUAUCACUACAAAGACAAAGUACGGCAGAUUCAUAUUUGCUGGUUCACGUGUGCUCUCCGAGCAUGCGAUGAGGAAACACUGGUCAGCGAAGCGCGAUGGUUCACCAAAGAAUAUCAAUUCGUAACAGAUACUUACCGACUAUUCUCCAUUUUGAGUCGGUUAUGCGGCGAUCCUAGCAGAUCCCUCUUUCAUGCAUCGCCAAGCAUGAAAUUUAUGCUACGACAAGUCAAAGCCAUGGACUCCACCUUACCUAAAGAUCAUUAUUUGAUGAAGGUGUCAACAUCAAAGCCAGUGGUUAUCAGGCAAGCCACGGCAAAGGCAACGCGGGGCCCGAAGAAUCCUCCAAAGCAUGUCUCUUUGACCACUCGUCACGAUAACGGCGAGCUUAUACCGGCGGAGGAUAUGGACGUCGCUCUUUUGGUUCUGUACGGACACAUCCUCUACUCUGGAAACAGUUUCUAUCCAGCCUUGAACUACUACUAUCGAGCAUAUGCUCUCGAUCCUGAGAACCCAGGUAUUCUGCUGCCCAUCGCGCUAUGUUAUAUCCAUCAUUCUCUCAAGCGACAAGCAGAUAACCGGCAUUACCUGAUUUUACAGGGACUAUCAUUCAUGUCUUUGUAUCGAAAAGUGCGAUGUGAGAAGAAAAUUGUUCACGAGGUCAACAAAGAUGCCAACGAGAAAAUACAAACCGAUGUCACGUUGCUAAGUGAACGCCAAGAAGUAGAGUACAACUAUGGGCGUGUUUAUCAUUCUCUUGGGUUGUUGCACCAAGCUAUACCGUGUUAUGAGCGCGUAUUGGAGUUGGGUAAUCAGAUCCAAUCUCCUCAUAAGGAUAGCUCUGUCGGCGGUGAAGAUAAAGGAAAGGCUGUAGAUCACGGCGAAAAGAAAGAUGAGAAGCCAGAAGACAUGCUCGUGGAGGACUUCUCACCUGAGGCGGCUGUUGCUUUGCAGAACAUUUAUGCACUGAAUGGGAAUCUUGCAGGGGCUCGAGAGGUUACAGAGAAAUAUCUCAUCAUCUAA